CCUGGAAGCCAGGGGAGCCGGGGUGGUGCCGGGGAGGCGGCGUAGAUUUAUCUCUGGGAUCCUCUCCAGGAGGGGGACCGGUGAGGAGCCCCUGGGGCAGAGGUAUCCAAGCCCAGACCAGUCAUGGCCGGACGACCCAUCUGCAUAGGAGACCAGCUGGUUUUGGAGGAAGAUUAUGACGAGACCUACAUUCCCAGUGAGCAAGAAAUUCUUGAAUUUGCCCGAGAGAUUGGUAUCGAUCCCGUCAAGGAACCAGAACUGAUGUGGCUGGCUCGAGAGGGCAUCGUGGCCCCGUUGCCUGUGGAGUGGAAACCAUGCCAGGACAUCACAGGUGAUAUUUACUACUUCAACUUCGCCAAUGGGCAGUCCAUGUGGGACCAUCCAUGUGAUGAGCACUAUCGGAACUUGGUGAUCCAGGAGCGAGAGAAGCUAUCUACUCCUGGGGCCACUAAGAAGAAAGAUAAGAAAAAGAAGAAGGAAAAGAAAAGCAAGAAGGACAAAGAGACCACCAAAAGUCCCCGGGCCCUGGGUUCCUCCUUAGCCCCAGUGCACGUUCCUCUUUGGGGCCUGGGGCCUUUACGAGGUCAUGCGGAUGUCCCUCCCUCUGCUGUACUUGGAUCUCAAAGCAUGAGCCCAGGUAGCGCAACUGAGUCUGGCCAGCUUGGAGAACUCACACUGCCUCCACAGCCUCUUAAGACUUCUGCUUGUGCAAGAGGUCUCUUGGGCACCAUCCAUCAGGACAAGAAUGCUCUCAACCUCUUGGCCUUAGGGGAGGAGACCAAUGAGGAGGAUGAAGGGGAAAGUGACAACCAGAGUGCCCGAAGUCCCAGCGAGCUUCUUAAGAAUCUGCACCUGGACCUUGAGGCCCUGGGGGAUAACUUUGCCUAUGAGGACUCUCCAAGAUCAAGCCAGCCAGAGGAGAAGAAGGAUGUUUCUCUUGACCCAGACAUUGCCAGGCCCCCCUCUCCUGGCAACCUCUUCAGCCAAGGUGCAGACAGCAGCCUGAGCGUUGCUGAUGGCAUUGAGCAAAAGGAAAGAGGGAGUCUUUGGCCCCCAGAAAAAGAAGAGGAUGAGAAGACUGAUCUUAGGGCUCCCAUGAGUCCAGUGGUCUCUGGAACAAAGCAUGGGGAGGACCAGCCUGCUCUAAAAAGCCUGCCUUCUAAAAAGAAGCCACUGGAAGAUUUGGUAGAUACAGGAGAGGAGGAUUCCAAGAUGGAAGAGGCAGUGAAGGAGGCCAAGAAGGAGGCUUCUGGCAUGAAAGAGAGCAGAUCUGAUGCCAGCGAGGUGUCAGAGAUCAUGGGAUAUGUGAAGGAACAUCUCUCAGACUCCAUGGCCUCUGACCCCAAGUCUUUCCUUGGUCUGUCUCUCCAGGAUUUUGGUUUUCGCAGCCGGAUCUCAGAGCAGCUGUUAGAUGGUGACAUGCUAUCCCCAGUCCUGGAUAGAGCUUGCUGGGAGGCCCAGGGGAUAGGAAGACAAGAGCAGGAUGACAGCCAGUCCAGCCCAGGAGAGCCGCAAAGCAAGGAAUCCAAAGGCUUGAAGAGGUUAUCGCCUCCUCUUCUGCAUGGGCAGCGGUUCCACAGCCCCCUCCACAGCGAGGCCAGUGAUGAGGGUUCUCUGCAGAUCCCCAAGGAGCAGCCUGAGUGUAACGGCUCUGAGGAGCCUGCGGAGCACUCUGUAGCCAGUCCCAGCCCACUGGUGGUGUCCCUCCACAGGGAGCAGGCCCCAAGCCCACCUUCUCUCGAGAGGGUCAAGGAGCAGCAGCACUCCCAGGCCAAGGAGCUGGGCCCUGGGCAGGAAGAGGCCAAGGAGCCUAAGAAGGUGGCCGUCAGCCCCACCCCGCCACUCUCUCCAGAGGUGCUAUCCACAGAACCUGCUGUUCCCCUAAAGUGGCUCUCACUGGUUGCACUGAAGGCCACGGGAGAGGCAGUGGCUGAGGACCUUGAGGACCAUCAGAAGCAGCUGCUGGAAUUGCAGCAAGAGAAGAUCCAGCAGCUGCGGGAGAAGCUGCAGCGGGAGGAGGAAGAGGAGAUGUGCCAGCUUCGCCAGCAGAAGGAGAAGACCCUCAGUGCCCUGAAGGAGCAGCUGCAGAAAGCUGCUGAGGAAGAGGAGGCUCUGAUGAGAGAGGAGGAAGGUCGAAGGCUGUCCCAGCUUCGAGCCCAAGUUCAAUCCAGUGCAGAAGCAGAUGAGGACCGAAUGAGAGCCGAGCAGGAGGCUUUACUGCAGAGGCUGAGAGAAGAGGCAGCAUCUCAGGAGAAGGCUGAGAGGGCUGGCCUGGAAAAGAAAAGCAGGCAGGCGCUGGAGCAGCUCAGGGAGGAGCUGGAGGCUUCGGAGAGGAGAGCUUGUGUUGUCUUGAAAGCUGAGAACGAGUUGGCUCUGCAGCAGUUGAAGGAGCAGCUGGAAGAGGAAAGAAAAGAAGCCUCUGUUGCUUCCCAGGCGGUGGCAAGGCUAGAGAGGGAGCACAGUGCCGAGCUGGAGCGGCUCCAGUCCUUGCUGGAAGCUAAGCACCAGGAGAUGGUCUGUGGCCUCCAGAAGAAGAUAGAGGAAGUUCAACAGAAAGAAGAGGUUCAUCUGGGGGAGAACCUUGGGUGGGCAGAGCAGAGAGCUCACCAGAAGGCUCACCAGGUGAUUGAGUAUGAGCAAGAGCUCAGCAGCCUCCUGCGAGAGAAGCGCCAGGAAGUGGAGAGGGAACACGAGAGGAAGAUGGACAAGAUGAAGGAGGAGCACAAGCAAGUGAUGGCCCAGACCAGAGAGUGGUAUGAAGUCGAGGAGAGGAAGCAGCGUGCUGACCUCCUGGGACACCUGACUGGGGAACUCGAGCGCCUGCAACGGGUCCACGAGCGGGAGUUAGAGACGGUGAGGCAGCAGCAGGACCAGCAGCUGGAGGACUUGCGGCACCGGUACCGGGAGCAGGAAAGGAAACUUCAAGAUUUAGAGAUGGAACUUAAAACCAGAAGUAAGGAUGUCAAGGCCAGAUUGGCUCAGCUGAGUGUCCAGGAGGAGACUGUACGGAAGGAGGAGCAGCAGCUGCUGGAUGUGCAGAGGCGGGCUGCUCUGGAGAGAGAGGAAGUCACAAUCACCCGGCAGCACCUGGAGGAAGCAAAGAAGGAGCACAUGCAUUUGUUGGAGUCAAAGCGACAGCUCCGAAGAGGGUUAGAGGAGCUGCGGGCCCACAAGUUGGAUCUGGAGGCCCAGGUGGAUCUGUUGCAGGCACAGAGUCAGAGGCUGCAGAAGCUCGUCAGCAGCCUGGAGGCCGAAGCUCAGAGGAAGAAGGACAUCUUGAAGCAACUGGCAGUUGAGGAAAGUAAUGCUUCCUCACACUUUGAGCCAGAACUCCGCACUGAGGACCUGAGGAAAUCCCUUAACCAGACCCAGGAAAUGUCUGCUCUCUCCCAGAGCAAGGAGGAGACUGGCUUGUCCAUGGACAGUGUCCGGCACUACCUCUCUGCCGAGGGCGUAGCUGUCCGUAAUGCCAGGGAAUUCCUAGUGCGGCAGACACGUUCCAUGCGGAAGCGGCAGACGGCCCUGAAAGCUGCCCAGCAGCACUGGCACCACGAACUGGCGGGGACCCUGGAGGUGGCCGAAGACCCGCCUGGUGCCACAGUCCUGGAAGACGUGCGCAAGAACCUAGAGGAGGAGACCAAGCAAUUGGAUGAGAUGAAGUCCAUCAUGCGGAGAGGCCAUGACCUCCUGAAGAAGAAGGAAGAGAAGUUGAAUCAGCUGGAGUCCUCUCUUGUGGAGGAGGCCUCAGAUGAGGACACCCUGAGGGGAGCCUCCACCAAGAAGGUGACCUUCGACCUCAGUGACACAGAAGAUACGAACAGUGAGAGCUCUGAAUCGUGUUUUCUGGCUCGGGACACCCCGACUCCCAAUCCCAUUGCCUCCAACAAGAUCAAUUACCUGAGCAGCUCGCUCCAGCGGAUCAGCAGUGAGCUCAACAGUGUCCUCGGUGUGCUGGGAAGCUUCAACUCUCAGCCUGUGCCUGUCUUAACCUCCUCCCCAGCUCCGUUCUCACCCCGCUCCUGCAAGAGUGCCUCCAGUCCUGCGUAUGCCUCCCUGACUAGAGCCUCAUCCCUAUCCUCCAGUUCACCCACGUCCACCCCGUGGGCCUGGGCCCGGGGCCCGGGCCCUGGGCCCAGGCCCACUUCAUGCAGCAGUGCUCAAUCAGUGGAUGACUUCCUGCUGGAGAAAUGGCGCAAGUAUUUUCCCUCUGGCAUCCCGCUGCUCAGCAGCUGCUCCAUGCCCCUGGAGAACCGCAUGGGCUAUGUGCCCGUCAGUGAGCAGCUCCGCCUCCUGCAGCGCCCCCAUUCCCGAGUCCCCGAGAUGAACAACACCGACAUUCAGAAGAUGAUUGAGUCUAAUCGCAAGUGGCUAGAAGAUUUCAAGAACAACCCCCAGACACAUCUCUUCUCAGUGUCCAAGUCAACAGGCACUUCGGAGCUGCUGCAGCUGGGCUUGGACGAGAACAACAGACUGAAUGUGUAUCGCUAUUGAGCCCCAGGGGCCAGAGGCAGCCGGCCGCCUCCCCGCACCAAGUGCCUCCGUGGAAGCCUCCUCCUCCUCCUCCUCCUCCACCUCCUCGCCACGUGCCCCACUCAGGACUCAGAGGAACCAUGGGGUGGGUCCAGGGGUGGAGGGAACGGAUGUGACGGCUGGAGACAGCUGCGUACUCUGUGACCAGGCUGUCUUGGGCUUAACUGUGGACGGGUAUGAGCUCCCGGGUCAACAUCGAUGACAUGUUCUUGCCCAGGGGCUUCUGGGAUCUGAGCACCUUUGGGAGUCAGGGUCACAUUCAAGGAGCUGCCUGUAGACACAUGGGUUGGUCUCAGGCCCCUGCUUGGGGCCCAUGAAGGCGAGGUCCUUGAUGAGUGGGACAAGGCCUCCCGGCAUGUCCGCACCUAGGACCUGGCUCUUCCCGGCCUGGACCUGUCUCAGCUGUCUAGUACCUCGGCUUCACAUCCUUCCUCUCUUUUUUUCCUUUUUUUAACUUUUUAAAAAAUGACUCCGUUCUUGAGCACUCUGUCUCUCCUCUUGACUGUCUCAGGCCAGCCCUCAGCUGCGGAUCCAUGCUGAGGAUGCUCUUUUUCCUCUGCCACACUGCGCUUUAUUGGCACUGUCCUGCCUGUAGCUCCUCCCUGGGCCUCCUGGCCCGUUCUCAGGUCUCAGACAUUCCCCGUCUCCAGGAAGCCAAAAAGCCAUAGGGAAAAACUGUGCGGCUUCUGGUCUUUGCUCUGGUUAUUUUGUUCCUGUGUUCUGUUUCUGCCUGUCUUUUCCACCUGUGCCACUCCGCCCCCUCUCACUGCCCCUCCUCUCAGAGCUUGGCAGGAAGGGCUGGGCUGGGGCCUGGCGCUGGCAGGGAGGUCUUGUACCAGGUGGAGCUGCUGCCUGGCUGGCACCGCUUCCUGCAGCCGCAUUUCCCAUCAGCAGGCUCCUCGGGUGGCAGGCAAUGUGCUCUGACAUCUGUCCUAUUGUUUAAACAAAAUGUCCCCAUUUUUCUUGUCUUCAAAACUGCAGGGUUGCCUCUGCCCUCCAACCCACAGAAAGCACCAUCCCCUCUGCUCGUUUCUUUGCCGUGGAAUAAGGCACUGUGUCCGAUUGGCUUUUUUUACCCCCACAGAUAGUUUUUAGAAAAAAAAAAAUUCAUUUUGUUGUUUGGCUUAUUCUGUGUGCUUUGGGAAUAGCUCAUGUGAUACAACCAACUCUGGUGACAACCCUGUGUUUCUGCAUCAAUUAAAUCUGCA